AUGAUUCGUAUUCUGGGGUUGGUGGUGCCUCUAUCGUUGGCAUCAUAUGUGUCGUACCAUGUUUCAGUGUCCAUGUUGUGUGAUGCAACUGCAUCUCGAACACACGUGGUGCUGAGUUGCACAGCGGGAUUCCUCAUUUGGUGUUACAUAUUAUUAUCGUUCUGUCGCCGAUGCAAAGAAAUGUUUGUAUCAGAUUCAGAUGAUGAUGAUGAUGACGAAGAAUUUGUAGACAUUGAGACUCAAGAAAUACGUAGAAUAAGGGAGCUUUGGGAAAUCCUAGAAGCAGCUUGUUUUAUCAACAAAGCCAUGACAGCAUUGCCUCCUGCUGAAUGCUUCUGUGAGGACCAAACCAAGGAAUCUCGGUCUGAUAAUUGUUGUAUUUGCUUGGAAGAGUUUAAGAAUGGAGACUUCAUUCAACCGUUUGGAGUGUGUCGUCAUGAAUUUCAUUCCUCCUGCGUUCAGUCUUGGGUGCUCGCUGGAAACAUUACAUGUCCACUUUGUCGUCAGAAGUUGCCAAUUAAUGUUUAG